GUCUGCCCCGCUGCCCCCCAUGGGAUCGGUGCGGUGAGCACGUGGCCGAGCAUGCGGGAAGGCAGGUGCCGUGGAUCAUGCCCGCAGCACCCAGUGCUGCUGCCAGCGGCCGCCCCCACCUGCGCCCAUGGCCCGUGCGGGCCCGUCGCUCUCUAGUGCUUUCGACAUUCUAGGUGCCGCAGGCCAGGACAAGCUCCUGUACCUCAAGCACAAGCUGAGGACUCUGCACCCGGGCUGCCAGGGGGCAGCCCUCCUCCACGCCAUGGUGCUCCUGAAGCUGGGCCAGGAGACGGAGGCCAGGAUCUCCCUGGAGGCGCUGAAGGCGGACGCGGUGGCCCGGCUCGUGGCCCACCAGUGGGUGGGCCCGGACAGCACCGAGGCCCCGGAGGAGCCCCCAGACUUGUCCUGGGCCGUCGCCCGGGUGUACCACCUGCUGGCCGAGGAGAGGCUGUGCCCGGCCCUGACGCGCGACAUGGCCUACCAGGCAGCCCUCCAGACUUUCAGCUCCAGGGCCGACCCCCGGCUGCCGGAGCUCCAGGGCGAGGCCCGGGAGCGGUGUGGGUGGGGCAUCACCGGGGCCUCCGGGAUCUUCCAGCCCCUUCGCUCCGAUCAGGGUGGCCUCCCGCCAUCCUCGGCGGCCCCCUCGGGAACCCGCAGCCUUCCGAAGCCCAUCGAGGGCCCCUCGGGCUGGAGCAGAGGGUGCUCCCUGCGCUCCACCGGCAGCCCCGCCUCCCUGGGCAGCAACCUGGAAAUUAGCCAGUCGCCCACCGUGCCCCUCGUCAGCCGGCACCGCAGCGGUCGUGUGCCCAGCAGGCUGUGUGAGGAAGCCCGAGCAGGCCCAGAGCCCGAACCUGCCCCCACGGGCUGCCAGGAGCCUGAGGAAGUGAGCUGGCCCCCGUCGGACGAGGUCGGCAACGCUUCGCCUGCGGAGACAGCCGACCCCCCACUGCAGGAGACUGCAAGCCUCUCAUCGGAGGGCCCCUCCUCGGAAGAGACUUCCGGUCCCCAGAUGCCGCCAGACAGCCCGGCGGAUGUGGUCCCAGAUGCCAGGCUUGCGGGCCAGCCCGACGCCCCCGAAGCUCUGGAAGUCGGCAGCCACUGCCGGGUGGAGUGCAGCGACGGGCAGGCGGCCCCCCCUCCUCUCCCGGCGCCCUCCAGGAACACUUGCCCUGACAAGGACCAGACCCCACUCUCACGCCCUGUAGAAGACACCUAUUCCCAGAGGGCCUCCCCCUGCCCACCGCCCCCCUCAGCCCCCAGACCGGCUGCGCCCUGCCCUCCUCCAUCCAUCCCUCCUCCGGCCUCCCCUGCCUCCUGGAGUCCGUGUCCCCCUCCCCCUGAGCUGGAGUCAGAGCAGAAAUUCUAUAACUUUGUGAUCCUGCACGCGGGCGCCGACGAGAACAUUGCCCUGCGUGUCCGAGAGAGGCUGGAGGCCCUGGGCGUCCCCGACGGGGCCACCUUCUGCGAGGACUUCCAGGUGCCCGGGCGCGGACACCUGCACUGCCUGCAGGACGCCAUCGACCACUCGGCCUUCACCCUCCUGCUGCUCACCCCCAACUUCGACUGCCAGCUGGGCCUGCACCAGGCUGGCCAGUCGCUGAUGAACAGCCUCACGCGGCGCGAGUGCCAGGACUGCGUGGUCCCCUUCCUGCCCCUGGAGAGCUCGCUGGAGCAGCUCAGCGCGCGCACGCGCGGCCUGCUCACCAGCCUGGUGUGGCUGGACGAGCGCUCCCAGAUCUUCGCCAGGAAGGUGGCCAACACCUUCAGGUCUCAGAGGCUGCGGGCCCGCAGGGCGCACUGGAGGAGGGAGCAGGACGUGCGCGCCCUGCGGGAGCAGCACCAGCAGCUGGAGGGCGAGCGGCAGCGCGUCUCUGCGCUGAACGCCGCCUACUCGGCCUAUUACCAGAGCCACGCGGCCUGGCAGGCGCAGAUGGAGAGCCUGCGGGUGGCCUUCGGGAGCCACAUGCCCUUCGGGACCCCGGGGCCUCUGGGAGCGCCCCCGCCCUUUCCCUCCUGGCCGGGCCUGCAGCAGCCGCCGCCGCCCCCCGCGCCGCCGUGGCUGGCCGGCGCCCCCGCACCCCCCUUCCCGCAGCCCCCGGCGCCCCCCCAGAGCCCGGGGCUGCAGCCCCUCAUCAUCCACCACGCGCAGAUGGUGCAGCUGGGCCUCAACAACCACAUGUGGAACCAGAGAGGAACCCAGGCGCCCGAGGACAAGACGCCCGGCGCAGAGUGACCGACGACCCCUGUCCAGGGCGGGCGGAGGAGCGCGACGUCGUGUGCAACCUUCAGGACAUCGCUUGGGAGACCUUCAGCUCUCAGGAAAUCGUGCAAAAUGGGCCCCGAUGACUUUCUGGCGCGCGGGGGGGAGGCGGAAUUAGAGGUUCUCGCCUGGGUGCUGGCGGUGGUGGGAAGUGGGCUAGGGGCGUGGGUACUGUGUUUCCACUUUAAUAAAUAUUUAUUGAUCGCUUC